UGAGCACGAAGAGAGAGUACACUGCCUACCUGGCGUUUGUUAGCCAUUUAUUAUUUCUAAAUAUACAUUACAAGGGUCCCAGAACACCAGGGCAGGGUGUGCAAGAUGGCUAAAAAGAAGAAACUGCCCAGAGGACAAAAGAAUUCAAAGCAAGAUUUAGCAAUUAGGAAAAAGACAAUGGUGAAAAAGUCUGCAGGAGGGGACAAUGAGAACACAGUCCACUUUGAUCACACUCAAGGAAAUUAUAGCGUGAAGUCUGUGGUUACUCAAGCCAAAGCUCUGGAUGACAGCACUGUUCUCCUGGUAGUAAAGCAAGAAUUACCAGAGGCAGAGGUGAAGGAUUUAGAAACUGACAUGAGUAGACAAAUUACUCUUAAAGUGGAGUCCCCAGAUGGCACUACAGACAGUGAUGUCCAAGACAAGCCAGUCUCCAGUUAUCAUAUAAGAAAAUUCCACUGUGACCUGUGUCAGUAUUCAACUAACAAACAAAGUCACCUACGAGUCCAUCAGACAACUCACUCAGGUACCAAACCUUUCCAGUGUUCCAUGUGUGAAAAAACAUUCACAGCAAAAACUACAGUUGAAAGACACAUACGCUGUGUCCAUAAUGGUGUGCGUCCUUAUCAGUGCGUCUGCUGCGACAAGUAUUUCUCAGACCUGGGCAGUUUGAAGCAACACAACUUAACCCACACAGGAGAGAGACCACAUCAGUGCAGCGUGUGCCAUAAGAAGUUCAACAACAAACCCAACAUGCAUCGUCACAUGCGCAUCCACACGGGCAGCAAGCCAUACAAGUGUGAUCUGUGCGACAGGCGCUUCACAGACUACUCCAGUCUUAAGCUGCACUUGCUGCAUCACAGCGGAGAAAAACCUUACAUGUGCGAAUUUUGUCAAAAACAGUUUAGGACAUCUUCUGAUUUAACUCGUCAUGUGAGAACACACACUGGUGAAAAGCCAUACGAGUGUAAGCAGUGCGGGAGCAGAUUCGUGCAGGGUUGGCAGCUGCGCAUGCACGAGCAGUCUCACACUGGGGUGCGUAAUUAUUCAUGUGAUAAGUGCAAUAAAAAGUUUCGCCUCAAAGGUGGUCUUCUUACCCACCAGCGCACUCACACUGGGGAGAAACUCUACCAGUGUUCUAUUUGUAACAAGUCCUUUGCAUCAAGGACAUACCUAAAGGACCACCAGAAUGUCCACAGCGGGGACAAGCCGCAUGUCUGUGAGAUCUGCGGCACAGGGUUCAGGGCAAUCUCAAACCUGCGGCGUCACAGCAAGACUCACUCCAGUAAAACUUACUACACCUGUGCCAGGUGUGGGAAGACAUUUAAAUACUCCAACAGCUACCAGUACCACUUGCGGUCACAUGAAGACACGUACCAGUUUCAAUGUGACAAAUGUGACAUGGGCUUCAAAAGCAGGAAUGGGUGGAAAAACCACAAAUGUCAACAAGAAAUCACUGAUGCCUCCCCGACCAACAGUAGUUUUAACACAAGUAAAUCAAAAAGUAAGCUAAAGUCAAGUAAGGUAUUGAAAAGAGGUCAAGGCCGUGUCCCAAAAAAGGGCCAAGGUCAUGAGAAACUGAUGUUAGCCAAAAGAGAAUUGAAGUGUGUGACUGUUACUGUUCCUAGAUUAAGUGAUACUGUGAUAGAUGGUUACCAGGAUAUAAACAGGGGCACUGUCAGCUCAGUAAAAAGAAAAGUAACAUGUAAAAAUAGAACAGAAAAGCAAGAAAAACAGAAGACUACUUACAAGAAAACAGCUGCAAAAAUUGGAGCUUUUAGGCCUGUCAAUAAAACAGCAAGCCAGACAGCAGAGAAUUCACCAUCUAAUAGGAGAAAAAAGUCCAGUCUCAAAACUUUGAAAGAUCAAUGUAAUAAGUCAAAGAAAAGACAGGAAACACUGGAGUUAAAAGACAGCUCUGCUGCAUUGCCCAGACAGAAAAAAGGUGCUAAACCAAAGCAAAGAAAAUUAACAUUGGACACUGUGAUAGAUAAGCUGAGAACUAAAGACAGGUCAAGUGUCUCACCCAGGAACAGAAACUGUACUAAAUCACCCCAAGCGCAGCCUGUUUCCAGAACAAAACCAGCACGUAAGACCAAAAUUAAACCAGCAGCCAACAAACCUUCAGAGAGCCCCAAAGAUAAGAACCAACAAAGCACCAACCAGACCGUCCUUACGUCAACUUUAAGAGAGAAAGAGGGAGAGAACUUAGGUUCUAGGGUGUGUGUGAUUAAAACAGAACCUUUGGACCAAGAUUUUCUUCCAGAGCCAGUGUUUGUGGAGGUAGAAGUAAAACAGGAGAAUGAUGGAGAGUUCAGUCAUUUUGAAGGUGUUGGAAAUUAUGUGGAAUUCAAAAAUUAUGGAAACUUGGUUGAAAAGAUGGAAAUUACAGCAGACGAACAGCUCGCAAAUGAAAUGCCUUUACAUCCAGAACAGCAGUGGGAGGGUGGAGUGAAUAAUACACCUUUGGAGUACCACAAGGAUGAAGGCAGUAUGGAGUUUAUAGAAUACCCUCUGUCUGCAGUAGAAUUAAAUCCUGCGGAGAUGCAUCCUGCCGAUACUACAAGUAAUAAUGUGGGACAAGAUAGUUUGGUGUGCCCUGAGAAUCAAGAGGAAUUAAUUGCUGAAAAAUACCCUGCAUCUCUGGUAGAACCAAAUGCUGAAGAACACACUGCAAUUGAGGUGGGAUUACAUGCUGAAGAGCAUGCUGUGGAUGAAGUGAGGCCAGCUGCUGAAGAACACCCUGUAGAUGAAGUGGAGUUCAAUAUUAAAGGGCACUCUGCAAAUCAAAUACAUGUUGAGUUUUACCCUGAGGAUUGCAUUACCAGUGAAUUGAUGUCAGGAAAUGAAAAACACCCUCAGAACGACUCAGAAUUAACUCAAGAAAAACCUGAGAAUCCUUCAGCAUCGGUGCUUAAUAAACAUCCUAUGAAUAUUGGUGUAUUGAGUUUCAAUAAACAGACAGUCAGAGAGGGUGACCAAAAUCCUGACAGCCAUCAAGUAACUGUAGACGAAUUAAAACCUGUGGAACCCCCUGUAAGCAUUGGUGAAUCGAGCCCUGAUUAG